AGUCAAUUCACUUAAUAGGUGAUAUUUAGUUUUACGUUUAAAUCACUUGCUGGUUAACAGCGAGGUUAGCUACAGUCAAAGUGACGAUACUUUAUGUCUUAGCUUUUAUAUCUGUUAUGAAAUGCAUUUAUAGCUUAGAGGCAGUGUGUAAGACGAUAGAAAAAGCAAUUUCUGGAGACAUUUAUCUCAGAUGAACAUCCCAGUGAACACGGACGUUCCCCAAAGUUCUCUGGUCCAAUCAUGACGGAGCAGGCCACCGCCACCAGCACGGAGGGGAUCGUGGGCCUGGAUGAGCCCAAGAAGUUGACGCGAGAGGACUGGAGGAAGAAGAAGGAGUUGGAGGAGCAGAGGAAGCUGGGAAAUGCUCCAGCUGAGGUGGACGAGGAGGGGAAGGACAUAAACCCUCACAUCCCACAGUAUAUUUCAUCAGUGCCGUGGUACAUUGACCCUUCAAAAAGGCCCACACUAAAGCAUCAGAGACCACAGACUGAAAGUGAACAGCAGUACUCAGCCAUUGGAGAAUGGUACAAGAGAGGCGUGCAAGAGAAUGCAGUUGCCACUAAAUUCCGUAAGGGUGCUUGUGAAAACUGCGGUGCCAUGACACACAAGAAGAAAGACUGCUUGGAGAGACCCCGAAAAGUUGGGGCGAAGUUCACAGGGACAGGCAUAGCUCCAGACGAACAUGCUCAGGUCCAGCUGUCGUUAGACUACGAUGGGAAACGUGAUCGCUGGAAUGGAUACGACCCCGAGGAACACCAGCGCAUUGUUGAGGAGUAUGCCAAAGUAGAUCUGGCCAAAAGGACCCUGAAGGCACAAAAACUUCAGGAUGAGCUGGCCUCAGGAAAACUGGACCAAACUGAGCGGGAACAUGAUAGUGAGGAUGAGGAUGAAGACAAAUACGCAGAUGACAUCGACAUGCCUGGUCAGAACUUUGACUCCAAGAGACGAAUCACUGUCAGGAAUCUACGUAUCAGAGAAGACACAGCUAAAUACUUGAGAAAUCUGGAUCCAAAUUCAGCAUACUAUGAUCCCAAGACUCGAGCUAUGAGGGAGAACCCAUACUCCAACACUGGCAUGAACCCUGACGAAGUUGGGUACGCUGGAGACAACUUUGCUCGCUACUCUGGGGACACGAUCACCAUGGCUCAAACACAGUUGUUUGCCUGGGAGGCUUAUGAGAGAGGCUCUGAGGUGCAUCUGCAGGCCGACCCCACCAAGCUGGAACUGCUCCACAAGUCUUUCAAGGUCAAGAAGGAGGACUUUAAAGAAAAACAGAGGGAGAGCAUCUUAGAGAAGUAUGGCGGUCAAGAGCACUUGGAUGCACCACCAAGAGAGUUACUGUUGGCCCAAACAGAGGACUAUGUGGAGUACUCCCGUCACGGUGCUGUACUGAAAGGACUUGAAAAAGCUGUUGCCCGGUCCAAGUAUGAAGAGGAUGUCCUAAUCAACAAUCACACUUGUAUUUGGGGUUCCUACUGGAAAGAUGGUUGCUGGGGGUACAAGUGUUGUCACUCCAUGGUCAAACAGAGUUACUGCACAGGAGAGGCUGGAAUUGGAGUAAACAACACAGACUGCGUUCCCUUUGAAGAGGAACUAACUGAGCCUCAGGAGGAAGAACAGCCCAAGUCUCUGCUGGAAAUGCAUCAAGAUAAGAUGAAAGAAAAGAAGAAGAAGAAAAAGAAGAACAAAAAACACAAGAAACACGGCUCUGAUAGCAGUGACUCAGAGGAUGAAGAGAAGAAAAAGGAGAAGCUGAAGAAGGCUCUGGAAGCAGAGGACAGGCGGGUGAAGCACAUAGAAGCAAUAAUGCAGCUGGAAGAGAGGAAGAGGCCUUACAACAGUCUGCAGGAAGUAAAGGCGCCUACAGAGGAGGAGAUGGAGGCCUUCCGCAUGAAACGCAGCCGGCCAGAUGAUCCUAUGGCUUCCUUCCUUGGACAGUGAACUCUUCUUUCUCUCUCCUGACUCCCCUAAUCUCCCCCCACGAACUCUACCAGAGCAGCAGCUCGGUAAAAAAAUAACUUCUCAGAUUCAUAAAACUCAACUUCAAUCUGGUAAACUUAGAGCAGUGCUGCUGUUUGGUUAUAAAUGCUACAAAAGCUGCAUGGAGUAUUUAGUAAAUUUAAUAUGCUCACCUUUUGUAUUUAAAACCAAGGGUCAACAGACUAUAGGAAACACAGGAAGUGUGCUUUUGUUUGUUUAUACUCAGUUCCAAAGGGUUAAAAUCUAGAAACUUUUCUCUGGUGUCCAUUUUACAUACAUUUCAGUCAAAUAAGAAGAUGCUGCCAGCCUUUGCAGUAAUUUGGGGAGUAUAACUACUUUUUUUUGGAUUAUUAAUUUUUUUAUUAAAAUCAUGUUUGAAUUCA